AAGAAGAAGCGGCCUUGGUAACUGUUGUGGAUUCUAGAUUUUACCCACAAUCCUCUUGGAUAGACAACAAGAAGAGCGAUGUUGCAGUAGACAUUUCUAUCUUAAUUUUAAUGGCAUAUGGUCAUCUUCAGAAGAACGACAGGGAAUGGAUAAAGACCAGCGUAACACAGUUGUCUUCAAUGCAUCGAAGAGAGAACUGUUCACCGCUAAUACAGGGUACAAGUCUCUACAGAAGAGGCUCAGGGUGCAAUGGAAAAUUCUGAGCAUAAAAGAUGAGCUGACUCAGGAGAAACUGAUGGGCAGUAAGCUAUGGAUCACAGCUGGGCCAAGAGAAAAGUUCACUAGUUCUGAGCUUGAAGUCCUUAAACAUUACCUGGAUGGGGGUGGAAACAUGCUCGUGAUGUUGGGAGAAGGAGGAGAAACAAGAUACGACACCAACAUCAACUUUUUCCUGGAGGAGCUUGGAAUCAUGGUGAACAAUGAUGCUGUGGUGAGGAAUGUUUAUUAUAAAUAUUUCCACCCCAAGGAGGCAUUAGUUUCCAAUGGUGUUCUCAACAGAGAGAUCAGUCGAGCUGCUGGGAAAACGGUUACGGGCAUCAUCGAUGACGAAAGUUCUGGAAACAACGCUCAGGCACUGACCUUCGUAUAUCCCUAUGGUGCCACUCUGAGUGUCAUGAAACCGGCUGUGGCUGUGCUGUCUACCGGCUCUGUGUGCUUCCCACUCAACAGACCUGUACUGGCCUUCUACAGAGCUAAGGAUGGAGGGAAGCUGGCAGUUUUGGGGUCCUGUCACAUGUUCAGUGACCAGUACCUUGACAAAGAGGAAAACAGUAAAAUAAUGGACGUUGUGCUCCAGUGGCUGAUGACUGACGGCAUUCAGCUUAACCAGAUAGAUGCAGAGGACCCGGAAAUCACAGACUACACCAUGUUACCGGACACAGGAUGCCUCUCGGAGAGACUACGGGUAUGCCUUCAGGAGGGGGACGAGAACCCACGUGACUUUACGUCUCUCUUCGACAUGUCACUGAUGAAGCUGUCAACAGACACCCUGCCCCGCGUUAUCAGCUCAUACAAACAGCUAAAUGUGAAACAUGAACAACUCCAGCUGAUCCAGCCUCAGUUUGAAACACCCCUACCAGCUUUACAACCAGCUGUCUUUCAGCCUGCCUUCAGGGACCUUCCACCCCCCAUGCUUGACCUUUUUGACCUUGACGAGACGUUUUCUUCUGAGAAAGUUCGACUGGCUCAGCUCUCAAACAAAUGCACAGAUGAUGAUCUGGAGUUUUACGUGCGCAAGUGUGGAGACAUUCUUGGUGUGACCGGGAAGCUGGACAAGGAUCACAGGGAUGCAAAGCACAUCCUUGAGCACAUUUUCUUCCAAGUGGUGGAGUUUAAGAAACUCAAUCAGGACCAUGACAUUGAUGCUACAGAAGAUGUGAGAUUUUCACCACUCUGAUGUCUGGGGCCAUCUGGAAACCAUGUGGGACCCUUGCUGUGGUGAUGUGUACUGGUAUACUGAAACUACACUAAAAGCAGCUGCAUUCAGCCAGCUUCUUAUGCUUGGCUGAAGGAUGACAAAACCUGUAUAUAUUGUGAGACAGUUUUUUUCCCCUUCAUGUACAUUCUAAAUGGAUUUAACAAAACCAUGACUACAGCAAAUGCAUGCUGUCUGUCAGGACCUCUACUCUAACUUUUGAUAAUAUGUUUGCUACGCUUUCAAUGUCAUAUUUAAAUACAGUUUGUAUAAAUGUACACAAAUAAACGUUUGCUACAAAUUUAUAUAAAUUCAAGCUUUAUUAAAGUUUUUUUUUUCCUCCUUAAAAAUAUGUACAGAAAAGUUCACAUUCCCAGUCAGGGGGGAAAACGGAACAUUUUAGAAGUCCAGUUACACACAUUGGCACAUUUUAUGUUACUG